AUGUCUCCCAAGAGCUUGAUAGUGUUGUUACUUGCCGUGGUGGUUCUCACCACUCCUUCACUCGCAGAUUUCCUCGAGCAAUCCAUUCAUCGGCACAAAGCACCGACCCCAGCUAAAUCUCCCGAGGGAAAGAAGCCACCAACUCAUGGUCACCACCCCGCUCACUCUCCCGUGGCACACCCUCCUGUAGAGCCCCAAACUCAUGGCCACCACCAUGGUCACCACCCCGCACACUCUCCAGUGGCGAACCCUCCCCUGGAGCAUGGUGGAUACUCCCACAAGCCACCGCGGAAGGUGUUGCCUCCGGCUCCAACUCCGUCACAGAAGUCACAUGGACAUGGACCCCGCAAGCCUGCACCACCUCCUCAUUCCAUCUGA